AGGGGAUCCGAAAGUCAAUAUUGAAUUUAAAACUGUCAUUAAAGAUGAAGUUUUUAAUAACGACAUGUUGAACAAAAGCAGUGCGGCGCACAGAAACACCUGUGAAAGAGUGUUAAACUCGACAAAGGACGCUACAAGAGGCAAAGUAGAAGAUCUCAAAAUGGAGCAAUGCAACCUCACGGGAGGCAGCGUCAUUGCCAAUGUCGUUAUUGCGCUUAAAGUUAUUAAGGCUACUUCUGACGGAUCUGACCCUCUGGUCGCCAUUCAGAACGCUGUUCAGGCAAUCACGCGUGUUGGAGGCUUUUCAGCGAAUGUAUCUGGAGUGGAGAUCAAAUUUGGAAGUGACACGACCGUGACAGCCUUCAGUAUCACCGAAACCAAGUUCGAAACCGACUGCUGCAAGAGCGACGUUCAAAAAACCAACCUCACCCGCGAAUGCUAUGUCACCGAGGAUGGCCAGCAGUUCCAGUGUUCAAACUUUCAAACCUAUAAGGAAGUCAUGUGCACUAUGCCGAAGACACACGCUUUUUAUAAAGAAGGCGAGCCUGUCCCAAGUGAUUUGUUUGACAAAUUGUGUUCUGGAUCCCUGUGUGUCCAGGCCUCCAUGCUUAUUCUUGCUCUUGGAUUUUUCAUCAGCAAAAAUUUCUACUAAGGAUCCAGAUAAACCGAAAAUGCCUUCACUCGACAAACACGGAUCAAAGCUUUGCGUCCUGCAAAAAUCUUUGGGCGACUGUGUUGGAGCGAGAUCUGAGAACCAGUCCGCUUCCCAAGAUGUCAGGUCAUAGAAGAAUACGUGUAAAUAUCAGUUAGCAAGCAUGCCUAUAACAAGGUUUUUCGGAGUGAAUAAGUCUUAGGACUUUAUAUUAGUACAGUGAACACCCGUUUAUAAGAAACCUGAAAUCGAGUAUUUAAGGCCCUUUUUUAUAAGAACCUAAUCGACCUGGUUGGUGAAAAAUAGGAUGAAAUUUCUAGGUUCUUACACGCGGUUGUUUACUGUUGAUAUAUUAUUUUGUAGUAUAGUGUGGUCAUUUGCUUUAACAUGUCCUUAGUUUUUGCGAAAGAUGUAAAUAGCAUCGUUUUAAAAAAUACAGAGAUGCCAACCAAAUUGUAAAAAGCCCAGGAGGUUUCUGGAGAUGGUAGAUGCAUGAGAAUACCAAGGAACAAGUAUGCGAUGAUAUGUGAUGAAGUUUACAAAAAAAAUAGCGAAGAAAUUAAGGUUGAUACAAAAUGCGGAAGGCUUCUAAAAAAAACUUAUUCCUUUACUCCAAACAAAAGGAGUGAGAUUUGUUUUCUGGAUGUAAAGUUGGCAUCCCUUUGCAAAUAAUGUAUAGCACCAAUGUGGGAGCGAAGAAAACUAAUAUACAAUAAGAAGUUCGCUUAAACUCAUGACUUUUUAAACAAUAAUAAAAAAAUACGUAACCAGAUGUCAAUUAAGCUUAUCCUUAAAGCGCUAUCAUUUCUUGAUGAACAUUUGCGAGAAAAAUGAAAGGGUACGAAGUUUAGCGCUCACGUGCCUAUUUCCCGCCCAUUUACGUGCCCUUUUCCGACAAUUCAUGUGCCCCUUUUCCGCUAAUUCUUCCCUUGGCGUGAAGAUGAGACAUUGUUGGCAAGACAAAAGCAUGAUGAGCUUUUUUUGACUUUCUUGGUCACUUCCGUAGUGUAUAAUGCCGGCGGAAGAAUUUUAGUUAUAGAAUUAAUUGCAUGGUUACAUAGUAAUCGCAAUUGUUGGCGCUUUUCUGAAAACAAAAACUGUGGAGCCACUAUUGAGGAAGUUUACAUGCAAGUACAUAGUUUUUACAGUCACCCGACCUUUUAAUAGUGGUUCAACUGCAUAUGGCUUUUAAAACCAUCACAAGGUCUUGUAAAUAAUGCAUUUAUUUACACCGAGUUUGCAAAUAAAGAUGUGUGUUUAUCAUAA